UAUUGCCGAGCAGACACCAAAUUCGCUGGGAAUUAAAGCGGGUCUGAAAUAGCCAUUUAAAUCAUUGUUUGUUUUUUAUUCUGAUCGUAUUUCACGUCAAAUAAUCAUCAAAAUGCAUCCUUUGCAUAAUGUAAAGAUCAAAUGCAGCAAAACGUUGUCUUGUGCUCCCAUUCUUGUCAUAUCCGAGGUAACGAAAGCUUCUGGAGCUAUAAAUAUAGAGUGGGGACAAACCACUGGUUUGGAAAUUAUUUCAAAGCAAGGACAAGCAAUAAACUUUUCUUCUGUUUAUUCGAUCUGCCGAUUCUUAGCUCGAACUAUCCCUGGAGAUCUGUAUGGCACGACGAUUUUGGAAAAAACUGAAGUUGAUCAUUGGUUGGAGUUCUGCAGUAGAAAGUACACAGUGCCGCAAUUCAAGGAAUGUCUGUAUAAAAUUGACAAAGCAUUGUUGAUGUUAACGUAUCUCGUUGGCGAUGCAAUUACCCUUGCUGAUAUCUGCAUCUGGACUAUGCUAUAUGGUAACAAAAGUUUUCAAUCUUUUUUGACCGAUGGUAGUGUGCCUGAAAAUGUCUGUAGAUGGUACAAUUUUUUAUCUGUUCAAGAGCCCUUCAUUGCCGUAACAAAAAUGUUUCCUGCCGAAAAUAGUGAUGGAAAAAGCGAGCUAAAUGCCAAAGAGAAAGUAAAGACUGAAGAUAAGGGAAAAUUUGUAGAACUACCGGGAGCGGAAAUGGGGAAAGUUGUUGUACGUUUUCCACCUGAAGCAAGUGGCUACCUGCACAUAGGACAUGCUAAAGCUGCUCUUCUGAAUGCCCAUUAUCAAGUUAGUUUUCAAGGUAAAUUAAUAAUGAGAUUUGAUGACACAAAUCCUGAAAAAGAAAAGGAAGAUUUUGAAAAGGUUAUCCUUCAAGAUGUUGACAUGCUUGAAAUUAAACCAGAUAUUUUCACUUAUACUUCUGAUCACUUUGAUACUAUACUCGCAAAAUGUGAGGACCUUUUGAAAUCUGGCAUGGCGUAUGUGGAUGAUACAGACCCAGAAACCAUGAAAAAUGAACGAGAGCAGAGAAAAGAGUCUAAAAACCGAAGUAACGAUGUAUCAAAAAAUUGGUCAAUGUGGGAAGCGAUGAAAAAAGGAACGGACUACGGUAAAAACUGUUGUGUUCGAGCAAAAAUUGAUAUGAGUUCUGAUAACGGUUGUUUGCGUGAUCCUACUUUAUACCGAUGCAAGACUGUUCCUCAUCCUCGCACUGGUGAUAAGUACAAAGUUUAUCCAACUUAUGACUUUGCAUGUCCAAUUGUUGAUAGCAUUGAGGGAGUAACUCAUGCAUUAAGAACGACUGAAUAUCAUGAUAGGGAUGAUCAGUAUUUUUGGGUGAUUGAUGUGCUAAAAUUAAGAAAACCUUACAUUUAUGAGUAUUCAAGAUUAAAUAUGACCAACACAGUGCUUUCCAAAAGAAAAUUAACUUGGUUUGUCCAACAAGGUAUUGUUGAUGGCUGGGAUGAUCCGCGAAUGCCAACUGUUCGAGGUGUUCUUCGUAGAGGUAUGACUGUUGAAGGAUUGAAGCAGUUUAUUAUUGCUCAAGGCUCGUCAAGAUCGGUUGUUGUCAUGGAGUGGGAUAAGAUUUGGGCAUUUAACAAAAGAGUCAUUGACCCAUUAGCUCCACGUUAUAAUGCCGUGGAAAAAGAUAACUUUGUACCAGUUUUUGUUGAAGGUGCUGAGAAGUCAACAUUGCAAGUCGCUAAGCAUCCCAAGAAUCCUGAGCUUGGCAUGAAGAAUGUUGUUGUGGGACCUAAGCUUCUGAUAGAUCACGUUGAUGCAGCAGCCAUGAAAGUUGGUGAUAAUGUGACUUUUAUUAAUUGGGGUAAUUUGAUAAUUACCGAUAUAAAAAAGAAAUGUGAUGGUGUAAUUGAAUCGGUGAAAGCAAAAUUAAAUUUGGAUAAUAAGGAUUAUCGGAAGACGCUGAAGGUUACUUGGGUGGUCGAUGUCGAGGACGUACCUUUGAUUCCAUGCAUGUGUGUUUAUUAUGAUCAUUUGAUAUCUAAACCAGUUCUUGGGAAAGAUGAAGACUUCAAAAAUUUCUUGAAUGAAAAUACGAAAAUUGUUGUUAAUAUGGUUGGCGAUUUUGAAUUGGGCACUUUAAAGAAAGGUGAUAUUAUACAAAUUCAGCGAAAAGGUUUCUUCAUUUGUGAUGAGCCAUACGAUCUAUCUACUGUUAGGUAUACUGGGAAAGAGGGAUCUUUGGUUCUUAUUUCUAUACCUGAUGGUUCACAGGACAUGACGACAUUACCUGCUGCUGUAAGGAAAGUUAGAGAAAAGGAAAGUGCCAAAGAAAAGUUGAACAGCUUAAAAGGUAAAGCUGCGGAAAAAUCACCGCAGGAAGAAGAGAAAAGUAUUUCGUUAAGCUUAGAUAGCACAAUUGGGGAUACUGGAUAUCAAACUGCUUCUGAGUCUUCUUUUGAUUUAGACCGACAAAUAAGACAACAGGGUGAUCUUGUAAGGAAACUGAAAUCAGAGAAGGCGGAGAAAAGUCUUAUUGAAUCUAAUGUACAACAGUUGUUGAAAUUAAAGGCUGAAUUUAAAAACAGUUUUGGAACAGAAUGGAAACCGGAUGUGAAAGUUGAUGCUCAGAAUGUUUCAAAUAAAGCCAAAAAGUCUAGUGAUAAUUCAAAAUCAAAAAGUUCAAAUCUUAAAGAUAGCAACCAAGAUGUAAAACUUAUACUAGAUCCUUUAAAACUCCAAGAUUAUCUUGUGCUUGACUCUGAAAUUCGUGCUCAAGGUGAUGUUGUCAGGAAGUUGAAAUCUGAAAAAGCUGAUAAAAGUGUGGUCGAUUCUAGUGUUCAGAAACUGUUGAAGUUAAAGGAAAACUUCAAAGAUACUGCAGGAAUAAAUUGGAAGCGAGAUUUGAAACUGAAAGAUAUGGUUGGAGAAAGUACUGAUAACUCUUCUCAAAACCCUGCAAAGUUAAAUAAUUCAAAAAAUUUCUCAAUGAAUUUGGACAAACAAAUAAAAGAGCAAGGUAAUAUUGUACGAAAACUUAAAUCCGAAAAAGCUGAAAAAAGUUUAAUAGAUUCAAGCGUUCAAAAACUGUUGAAGUUGAAAGCUGAAUUCAAAGAUGUAUCUGGAAUUGACUGGAAACCCGACUUAAAGUUAGAUGGAUCAAUAGAAAAAAGUGAUUCAUUAUCAAGUGACUCUAAUAAAACUAUAGUUAAUGCUGAUAUCAAUGCAAAAAUUAAAGAGCAAGGCGAUUUAGUCCGAAAAUUGAAGUCUGAAAAAGCAGAGAAGAGUUUGAUUGAUAGUAAUGUGAAAGUACUUUUGAAAUUAAAAGAAGAAUACAAAAGUGUGCAUGGAGUUGAGUGGAAGCCUGAUGCAAAAGACAGCACAAACCCAGGACUGCCUGUAGUAACCAAAAGUCUAAAGCCAAGUAGCGACAAAGGUAAAAAGCAAGCCAAAGUUGAUGCCAAAGAGAAAUCACCUGAAAAGUCAGAUGCCCAAGACUCUGGAUCUGGACCAAAGAAAAUCACAAGAUUAGGACUAGAAAUAAAGAAAGAAGAGAAUUUAGCUGAGUGGUAUUCUCAAGUUUUGACAAAAGCUGAAAUGAUUGAAUAUUAUGAUGUUAGUGGCUGUUAUAUUAUUCGUGAUUGGGCGUAUAGCAUUUGGGAAGCUAUUAAUAAGUUUUUUGACUCUGAAAUUAAGUCAUUAGGUGUCAAAAAUUGUUAUUUUCCAAUGUUUGUUUCAGCGAAUGCUUUGGAAAAAGAAAAAACACAUAUAGAAGAUUUUGCACCAGAAGUUGCUUGGGUUACUAAAUCGGGACAAUCAGAAAUGGAAAAACCUAUUGCUAUCAGACCAACAAGUGAAACAGUUAUGUACCCUUCAUAUGCGAAAUGGAUUCGCUCACAUAGAGAUCUUCCGCUGAAGUUGAACCAGUGGAACAGUGUUGUAAGGUGGGAAUUUAGGAAUCCACAACCAUUUAUUAGAACGAGAGAAUUUUUGUGGCAAGAAGGACAUACAGCUUUUGCCACCAAAGAAGAAGCUGAAAAUGAAGUAUACACAAUUUUAGAUUUGUAUGCACAAAUUUAUGAAAAUCUUUUAGCGAUCCCCAUUAUUAAAGGUAAAAAAACUGAAAAAGAAAAGUUUGCCGGUGCUGAUUUUACCACUACAACAGAAGCUUAUGUUGCGGCAAAUGGCAGAGGUCUACAAGGUGCAACAUCGCAUCAUUUAGGUCAAAACUUUUCAAAGAUGUUUGAGAUUGUUUAUGAGGAUCCGGAAACUAAUGAGAAGCAAUUUGUCUAUCAAAAUUCAUGGGGCAUAAGUACCCGUACUAUUGGGGCAGUGGUGAUGGUUCACGGGGACAAUACAGGUAUUGUUCUUCCCCCACGAGUUGCUGCCCGUCAAGUUGUGAUUGUGCCUUGUGGGAUAACGGCAUCCAUGAAAGAAUCGGAGAAAGAUGCGCUGUUAAUAAAAUGUGCAGAGUUUGAGAGUACCCUGAAAAGUGCUGGCGUUUUAGUUGAAGGAGAUUAUCGAGAUAAUUAUUCUCCAGGAUGGAAAUUCAAUCAUUGGGAACUGAAAGGUGUGCCUAUUCGAGUAGAGCUAGGUCCGAAGGAUAUGAAAAAAAAUCAAUUUGUUGCUGUUCGAAGAGAUACUGGCGAAAAAAUUACUUUGGGGAUGGACACUGCUCCUAAUUCAGUUCUUGAACUGUUAGAUAGCAUACAUAAUAGCAUGUAUGCUAAAGCUAAAAAAGAUUUGGAUGAUCACCUUUGUGUAACAUAUGACUGGAAUGAAUUUUGUAGUAAACUUGAUCAGCGUUUUAUACUUCAAGCCCCAUUUUGUGGUGAUAUACCAUGUGAAGAGGUGAUUAAGAAAGAGAGUGCCAAAUCUGGAGAUGAUGUGGAUCCUGGAGCACCAUCGAUGGGUGCAAAAAGUUUGUGCAUCCCUUUUCAGCAACCUGCUACUUUAAAACCAGAUGAUAAAUGCAUAAAUCCCAACUGUAAUAAGAAACCAAAGUGUUUCACUCUUUUUGGAAGAAGUUAUUAAUAUAAAACUGAAAAUGAAUGUUCAUUAUAGGAAAAACACUUUAAAAAAAAUUUUUUUGUAAUUAUUUAUAGUGAAAAAAUGUUCCUGAUAUAUUUUAACUUAUUAUGUUUGAAACUUAUUUUUGAAAUAGUUGAACUUCAAAUUUCAUUUUAUAUUGAUAUGUAAACAUUUUUGAUUAUAUUGGAUUAAUGAGUUAAAUUUCCUUUAUUUUAUUAACUCAGACCUAACAUUAUUUCUUAAACUGCAUUUUGUCCUGGCUAAUUUAUUUUAAAUUAAAAGUGAAAAUUCAUUUU